AUGAUGAAAAAUCUAUCUGAGUCGUUGCUUCCGCAACCUCCAAGCUUUAUCAAGAAGAAGUCUUACGAAAUGCACCAAGUCCUGGGUACUGGCACAUUUGGGAAAGUUGUGAGGGCCACUUGGUAUGUCCCUGUGGACCAGGUUGCAACAGCAGAACGUGGGGCGGUGGCUGAGCUCAUGCCCACGCCAUCGAGCUUAUCAGUGAGCUCCUCGAAGAAGAGCAGUUCUCGGCCUUCUUCUCCAGGGCCGGGCGAUAGAACACCGAGUGGGGUUGUAAAGGAUGUUGCCUUGAAGAUAAUACCGAAGAAGAAGGUCAAGGGGAACGAAGCUAGUGUGUGGGGAGAGAUGGAGGUGCUGAAGGGGCUAGACCAUCCAAACAUCGUCAAAUUUUAUGAGUGGUUCGAAACCAGAUCUAAGUAUUACCUUUCAUUUGAACUCGCCACGGGAGGGGAGUUGUUCGAGCGGAUUCUCCAAAAGGGCAAGUUUACAGAGCAGGACGCCGUUUCGGUAACCCGCUCGAUUCUCAACGGUGUCAAUUACCUUCAUGAUCAUGACAUCGUCCAUCGGGAUCUCAAGCCCGAGAACAUUCUGUACAGGACGAAAGACGAAAAGAGUGACAUUGUUAUUGCAGAUUUCGGAAUCGCAAAACACCUUCACACACCGGAAGAACAGCUCCACUCGCUUGCGGGGAGUUUCGGAUACGUUGCACCUGAAGUUCUUCUGAAGCAAGGCCAUGGUAAACCGGUCGAUAUCUGGGCGAUUGGCAUCAUCACCUAUGUCGUUCUUUGUGGAUAUUCACCAUUUAGGUCAGAAGAUGUCCGGGUUCUCAUCAAGGAAACAACCGCUGCCAAAAUUGAAUUUCAUGACCGGUACUGGAAGAACGUGUCUUCUGAAGCCAAGGCGUUUAUCAAGUCCCUCCUGAAUCCGGAUUCCACUAAUCGUCCUACUGCGGCUCAAGCCCUCGCUGAUCCUUGGCUUACUACACAUGAGCCUUCAGUGGAACACGACCUCUCCACUGGAUUGCGGGAGCACUUCGACCCCAAGGCGCGUUGGCGUCAAGCCAUCACGUCUGCUCGUGCUCUGCAUCGUCUGGGCAGCCGAAUAAGCACCAAAUCAAGCACAACGAGCAGUGGUGGUUGGGCAAACGAUGAGGAUGUGUCCGACGACGAAAUUGGUUCCCCGUCAAAGCAUAGGCUACCAGUUCAGGGGAACGACGACUUUGCAUCCAACGAAUUCGUCCACGUUGUCGCACCGGAGGAGGAUAGAGAAUCUUCGGCUACCCCUAAAACUACAAAUCAAGUCCCGCAUCCCGAGCAGGUGCUAAAACGUGAAAAUCACGAAGACGUCAAGCCACCAUUGCAAGAUGAGGUUCCCUCUGAACUCAAGGGUCGCACUUCAAGCGUCUAUACUGAAAACGAUAUGGUUUAUGCCGAGCCAGAGUCUACUGGUGAAGAAAACGACGACCAGAAGAAAGAAGAUAGGUUUGAUAUGCCCGGCUCAUUCGAUUUUUCAACCGAAAAUCAUAAUUCUGGUCCAAGUCAAGGCAACUCAUGGGUAGACAUGCUGCGUAAAAUGACAUUGAAAUCACCACAAAUGGCAAUUGAUCAAAAACAGUCGACACCCGUACAUCCUAAACGUGUCUUGAUCAUUGGAGGCGGCCCUACUGGCCUUGUAUCUCUCCGCAACAUCAAGGAGCGUGGGCAAUUCGAACAUGUAGAGCUUUUCGAACGGCGGGAUGACGUCGGAGGCGUUUGGUAUUACGACGACCCAUCUCACUCAGCAAGCAAUGUCCCUCGAUGGCCAUCACCGGCUUAUCAGGGACUGGUGGGCAAUGUGCUUCCCGAAUUCCUUAGCUUCUCGGGCCAUCCAUUUCCCGACCCACCCUCUUCACCUCAUCAGCCUUUCCCAACGCUGAAGGAAACCCAUGAAUAUCUUCAAGACUUCGCUUCGCCGUACAUCAAAUCAGGUGCAAUCAAACUGAACAGAGAAGUCCUGCGAGUUGAUGAGCUUCCGAAUCGCCAAGGAUGGAGGGUUAUUUCACGAGAUUGGAACACAGGAGGAGAGGAAAAGGCCGAAAUAUGGGACGCAGUUGUCGUCGCCGUUGGUUGGUAUGAUAAUCCUGUAUGGCCGGAUACCGAAGGGCUCGAACACUUGAAGAGACGGGGUCUAGCCAAGCACGCAAAAUGGUGGCGUGGGCCACAGGGAUUUGAGGGAAAGAAAGCACUCGUUAUUGGAAACGCCAAUUCUUCGAACGACAUCGCAACACAGCUGGCGCCUGUUGCUGAUGGCUUCGUAUAUCAAAGCAUUCGCCGCCCCGCAUUGCCGAUAUUCGUGACCCUGCCCGAUGACCGUAUCAAGUUGGUUGCACCAGUGUCCAAAUACAUUGUCAAGGAAACCCCAACAAGCGAAAAGUUCGACGUCCUUUUGGCUGACGGUACUCUGAUCACUGACCUGGAUGUUGUAUUUGUUGGUACUGGUUAUCGACCUCUCCCAAGCUUUGUUCACGUCCUCGGCAAAUCUGGACCCAAGCUGUCCCCCAUUGCGUCAGAAGAAACACUGCCCCAGACUGUCCCCUCUCUUCAUCGACAUAUUUUAUAUGCCUACAACCCUUCACUCGCCUUUAUCGGAGUUCCAGUUGUUUAUACCCCCUUCAUCAUUGCAGAUAUUGCUAGCACAUGGCUAGCUCUAGCAUGGCGAGGAGAAACCCCUUAUCCCGAUACACCUGAAGGACGAUUGACCUACGAAAAAGAGAGGCUUCUCUCUGUUGAAACGUUGCGAAAGGAAACUGAAAAUCCGUCUUCGUAUCUUGUGUACAACGUUCUGUGCCCGGUGGAACAAGAGUACGCUUCUCAGAUCAGGGAGGAUAUUGUUGACGCGAGGCCCGAGCUUGAUCGCAUUUUACCAAGAUGGAGUGACGAGCAAGUUGCAGUACGAGAAGGCAUGUAUGGAAGGAAACUGGAAGCUUUGAAAUACGUGAAGUCUCUCCUCGUUUAG